AUGUCUCCGUUUCUGCUUGUUGUAUUCCUCACCGCUACGCCAGAAACACACGGAAUCCUCUGCAAUCGUCGAACGAAAGAGAGUUUGCCUCAUUUAGCCAAGGAUGGUGAUAUCAUCCUGGGCGGGAUAUUCUCCAUUCACUUGGAUCAGAUUCACGACUUCCAUACAUAUACAUUUACCCCGAAGAGCACGAGAUGCAAAAGUUUUGAAUUUGAAAAAUUCCGACUGGUGCAGACAAUGAUUUUUGCCAUUGACGAAAUAAACCAGAAUGAGAAUCUCCUACCGGGAAUCACUCUUGGGUAUCAGAUCCACGACGACUGCUCGUCCUCCGCGAUCGCCUCGAAUGCAGCGCUCGCUUUGAUGAAUGGAGAAGAAGAAUCAAUUGAAUACCUUGAAUGCAGAGGCUCCUCCAACGUCGUUGCCAUUGUUGGAUGCGAUAUUUCUACAAGCUCCAUCGUAAUCGCAAGGACAAUAGGAUCAUUUGGGAUUCCACUGGUUAGUUACUAUUCCACCUGCUCUUGUCUCAGUGAUAAGAGAGAAUAUCCCACGUUUUUCAGAACUAUCCCCGGUGACCAAUACCAGUCCAAACUCCUUGCAAAACUGGUUAGAACCUUUGGCUGGACUUGGAUUGGAACCAUUAGAAGUAACACCGAUUAUGGACAUUUCGGAAUGCAAGGAUUUGUGGAACAUGUGGAAAAGUUUGGGGUUUGCAUUGCCUACUCUGAGUCAUUUUACAGGACCGACCCGCCUGAAAAAAUCAGUAAAAUUGUACAGAUCCCACGAGCUGUUUGCUCAGAACCAUGCUUUCCUGGAACAAGAAAGGUCAGCCGGAAAGGGCAGCCAGUAUGUUGCUUUAAUUGUGCAAGGUGUGCUGAUGGUGAGAUCAGCAAUGCCACUGAUUCCACGGAUUGCAUCAAGUGUCCAUCAGAAUACUGGACUAAUCAGGCAAAAACACAAUGUGUUCUCAAGAAGACUGAGUUUCUUUCAUUUGGCGAAGGUCUUGGGUUUAUAUUAGUGACGCUUGCUCUAGUAGGAGUGUUCUUUACGUUGUUCAUCGCUGCCAUUUUCUACCGCUAUCGGAAAACUGCCAUGGUAAAAGCUAAUAACUCUGAACUAAGCUUUCUACUUCUCUUCGCCUUGCUGCUUUGCUUCGUUUGCUCACUCACCUUCAUAGGAAAACCAUCCGGCUACUCGUGCAUGUUGCGCCGCACAACUUUCGGAAUUCUGUUCGUUCUCUGCAUUUCCUGCAUCCUCGGGAAAACCAUACUUGUCGUGAUUGCCUUUAAAGCAAAUCAACCCAAUAGCCGUGUAAUGAAUUGGUUCGGACCUGUGCAGCAACGAGUGGGCGUCUUCCUUCUUACCUUUAUGCAAGGUUUAGUUUGCAUUGUCUGGAUAAGUUUGUCACCUCCCUAUCCCCAGAAAAACAUGAGCCAUUAUAGAGACAUCAUUAUUCUGGAAUGUAACGUGGGCUCAGUGACAGCCUUUUACAUUGUCUCUGUUUACAUUGCUUUGCUGUCCAUUGUGUGUUUAGUGCUUGCAUUCCUUGCACGGAAGCUGCCGGAUAGUUUCAACGACGCCAGGUACAUCACCUUCAGCAUGCUGAUCUUUUCUGCUGUUUGGAUAACUUUCAUUCCAGCCUAUGUGAGCUCUCCAGGAAAGUACACCGUGGCUGUUGAAGUGUUCGCCAUUUGGGCAUCAAGCUUCGGUCUGCUAGUUUGUAUUUUUGUGCCAAAAUGCUAUAUCAUCUUAUUGAAACCGGAGAUUAAUACAAAGAAACAGAUGAUGAUAGGAACUUCACAUUAA